AAAAAAAAAAAAGAGACCAAAAAACAAACAAAAGGACAAACCUUUAAAAAAAAAAAAAAAACAAAAAAAGACAAAAAAGAAAAAAUGUUAUAAACCGCCACUUAAAAUUAGAGCACACUUUUAGUCCAAUUGCUCCACGAAGGUGUCACCAAGGAACUUAUUUUCAAGGAGUUCAAGAAAUUCGGUACUAUCAAGUCAUUGAAGCACUUCCCUAAGAACAAAAGCGCCUUAGUUGAAUUCUAAUCUCCUGAAGAAGCAAAGAAUGCUAAGCAAUCCCUCAAUCACAAUAAGCUUUUGAACAAGGAAAUUAAUAUUGUUAAUUACCAAAACAAGGAUGAACUUAAGCAAAAGAAAAAGUAUAACUUAUUCAUUCACAAUGUUCCUUAAGAUCUCGAAACUAACACUUUACACAAUUUCAUGUCUAAGUAUGGUGAAAUUACCUCUCUUAUGCUUAAGAAGAACGAUGAAAACAAGAAUUUAGGUUAUGGUUACGUUUAAUUCGAAACUGAAGAAGCCUACAAUGAAAUUUUGAAAGAACACGAGUUAAACGGUAAGAUUUCUCUUCCUAACUCUACCAUCUCUUUCAAUAUCUAAAAGUUCAACGAUAGCAACAAAAAUAAGGCCAACAACAUCGUCAUUCUUGGUUUAUUCGAAAACGAAAUCCCAGCUGAUUAAAAGGAAGCCAAGACCUAAUCAAUCAACGCCAUUUUCGAGAAAAUUAAGUAAGAACUCAAUGUUCUUCAUUUCAAUUUCUACACUGAAUACAAUGAAAGCAAGAAGAACUUCUGGGUCAAGGUUGAUUUCCAAUACGAUGAUGAUAAGCAAGAAGAACACAUUUAUAAGACUGUUAAGGAAUAAGUUUAAAAGAAUUUCUCUUACUCAGGAGCCUAAAACAAGGGACCUACCAUUAACUUCAAGUCUAAUGAAAGCAGUGAAAGAAAUCUUUUCUUCUUAGGUGUCAAGAUUGACAUUAAGGAAUAAGACAUUGCUGAUUGGAUUCAAAAGGCUAUUGGUGUUUCUGUUCCUACUGAGAGCAUUAAAAUUAAAAAGAGAACUAAACCCGCCAAUGCUGACGAUCAAUUAAAAACUAACAAUGUUUCAGUUUUCUUUGAUUCUUAGGCUGACGGUCAAAAGUUGAUGAUUUUCUGUGCUAAAUAAUCUAAUAAAAACUCUGUUGAUGAAAUCUUCGACAACAGACACAAGGUCACUCUUUAUCUCAAAAAGAAUGAACAAGAAAGUGUCUAAAAGUUGACUAAAAAAAUUGGUGAAUUCCAACAAAAUAGCACUAUGGGUAGCAACAAAUUCUAAACUGACAUUUAAGCUCCUAACCCAAUUCACCCCUAUGGAUACCCUAUUCCUAUGUUCAUGCCCCAAUAAAUCCCCUUCUAAAAUUAAUAACCAAAGCUUAUUAACAUUCCUUCUAUGUAACAUAAUAAGAAGAUUUAAAACACUCCUUAACCAAUUGAACCUAAACCUCAAACUCUUAUUGCUGUUCCUAAUAAACCUGCUGCUCCUCAAAAUAUUUUUAUUUAGUUCGAAAAGGCUACUGCAGAAGAAAAGAAGAAUAAAAUUGAACAAAUUACUAAUGCCAUUUCAACUUAAUUCAGCGAUUUCGAUAAGCUUCAAGAUGAAUCAAAGAGAAGUAUUCUUGGUCAAAUCAUUUACUAUAAAAUUUCUGAACUUGAUCUUGACAAGAAUAGAAAAAUCAUGGAAUAUAUCCCUGAUGUUUAAAACGAAAACCAAGCUAGAGCUAAAAUCGCUGAAUUCAAACAACAAGUCCCCAAAAUUACUGGUAUGCUUAUCGAUACUGACGUCUUCGAAGUUGCUGAUAUCGUCGACAUCGUUAAAGACGAAAAGGAACUUAUUGAAAGAUGCAGUGAAGCUAUCGAUCUUAUUAUUAGUCAAAAGAAAUGA